AUUUUAUUCACGAUACACCUGCAUUUCUCUUUGGGCCUGCGGGUAACGGAAUGCACGCUAAGCAUCCUAGAAUAAUGAUGAAUUGGUCUAUGGACUAUGCAAUAGUCCUUCAGACAACACCAUCGACUACCAUCAACGAUUUUUGCUCGCUUCACAAGAAGUUGCCUGGGGAUUGAUCCAUGGAAUCUGCGACUGACUACUUUUAAGAGUUAGGAGCCGUUAGAGACAGAAUAAACGCACGUUAGCAACAGCGCCACCCUCUAAGCUAUUAUCUGUCUAUAUCGGUAUCACAAGACUGGAACUUCGAUACAGCAUAAUUUUCCACACUGACAGCACACCUUCAUUCAUAAAAUGAGAAUCAGAUUGCGAGCGCCAUCCGGUGUCUCUAUCAUAACUGUGGCCGACGAUGCCACUGUCGCAGAUCUGACAUCCGCAAUAUCAAAAGAGACAUCUCUGCCCUCAUUCGAUCUCAAGUCAGGGUUUCCACCCCAGCCCUUGGAUCUCACGUCUUUCGAUUCCUCGCUGUCACUCAAAGAUACCGGUCUUAAGCUAAAUGGCGAACAACUUAUCGUCUUAUCUCGAGACGUUCAAGCUCAAAUGUCUCAUCCUCUUCAUGCUGCCCCUCCGACUCUCUCAUCACAGCAACCCGCUCGUCAAAGCAAAACUUCGUCCCAGGGCUCUGCUCAACAACCACUCUCUCUAUCUAGAUCGCCCCGUGACCUCGAAUCAGAUCCGCCAGAGGUUCCUAUUCCGUCACACCAAGCGACCAUGGUGCUCCGAGUCAUGCCAGACGACAACAGCUGCAUGUUCCGUGCUGUUGGCUCCGCCGUACUCUCUGAUAGUUUAGACGUCAUGACAGAACUCCGCUCCGCAGUUGCGCAAGGCAUCCAAGCCAAUCCCGAUCUCUACAGCGCCGCCGUAUUACAAAAAUCACCUGAUGAGUACUGCAAGUGGAUUCAGCGGGAGGAUAGCUGGGGAGGUGCGAUCGAACUUGGCAUUCUAGCGCAGAAUUUCGAUAUCGAGAUAUGCAGUAUCAGCGUGCAAGACUUGCGCGUGGAUCGAUUCAAUGAGGGCAAGGAUAACCGUAUCAUCCUCGUCUACUCCGGAAUUCAUUAUGAUACCAUCGCUAUGAGUCCGAGUGAUCCGCCGCACACGAGGGCCGACAUGCCUGCUGAUGUUGAUAUUAAGCUUUUCGGUACUUGGGAUGAGGAGGUACUGGAAAAAGCGAGAGACCUUUGUAAGAUUCUCCAAGGCAAGCAUUAUUUCACUGAUACUGGCGGCUUCGACAUUAAAUGUAAUAAGUGUGGAUGGAAAGGGAAGGGUGAGAAAGGAGCUGUAGCGCAUGCAAAUGAGACAGGCCAUUACGACUUUGGCGAAGCAUCGUAAAGCGGAGAGGUAGCCACAGCUUUAUCAUAUUCAUGUACUACGAAAGAGACGAUUGAUGUGUAUAGGAAGCCUGAGCCACAUCCAAUAUAUCAGAUGUACCCAAAGAUUACAUGACAGAUAUCAGUAUCAUCAAACAAAUGAUGUGCGCU